GCAAAGGAGGCAAAGUUCACUGGAGUAAAAGAAGAACAGACUAGUUGGCAAAUGGGAAAAGGUGGCUGGGCUGUGGCACAUAGGUUCCCAGUUUGAGGAGGAGCAGCACCAGCAGCAUGAAGGGCGCCUGGCUCCUGGUGGGCCACUCUCUGGGCCUGGCCUGGUACGCCUUCCUGGUCCACUCCGUCGGGCACCUCUCCCGCAGGGGAGCCGAGAAGCCCUCCGACGUCCUGGCCUACGGAGGCCAGUGGAAGUUCCUCACCGUCCUCAACCUGGUUUUGCAGGCCAUUUUCUAUGGAGUCUCCAUGCUUAGUGAUGCGUUUGUACUAAUGAAGAAACAUCGAAUUGCUAAGUCCGUGUUUCCCGUUAGAGACUUGCUUUUUGGUGGCCUGGCUUUUCCCCUGUCUAUGUUUGUGUUUACAACCUUUUGGAUAUUAUACUCCUAUGAUCGGGAGCUUGUUUACCCCAAGAGUCUUGACUUGGUCAUUCCUGUAUGGAUGAAUCAUGCUAUGCACACUGCUAUAUUUCCCUUGGCUGUGUUGGACCUCUUCAGUACUCCUCGCCGUUAUCCUUCCAAGGGUAAAGGGCUCAGCUUAUUAGGAAUUGCUGGUUUUUCCUAUUUAUGUUGGAUGCUGUGGAUUUACUCCAUAACUGGGAAGUGGGUAUACCCUGUCUUUGAGGCUCUAGGUCCACUUGGCAUAGCAGGCUUUUCUUUUGGGAGUUUCGUUAUCCUAUUGCUUAUGUAUAACAUAGGAGAAUUUUUCUGCCGCAUGAUUUGGGGUGACUCAAUAGUAAUACUUGACAUUUACAAGAAGAAGAGCAAAUGAAACAUUGAUGUGCCAGAGUCAGAUCUAGAGGAAUUAUGAAACCAAUGAAGACCAAUUAUGCAACCAGUGAAGAAGAGUAAGAAGAUCUUCGUGUGUGAAAUCUUUCCUUAUCCCAGUUGGACAUUUAGUGCCUUUCAAAUUAAUAUAAAGAUUAUGCUCUCCACAAAGAAAAUUAGCUUCAGCUGAGGGUUUGGGGGAUCUCAUUGGGCAGUACCCUGUCAGAAUUCAGGAAGAUUUCACUGGAUUUCAAAAAGUUCAGGAGAGUUCCUCAAGUGCAUCAAGCCACAUGCCAAGCCUACAGAAAUUACGCUAGUUCUCUAACAUGUGCCAGUUAAUAAUCAGCACAUACCAGGAUACAGAAUCUUAAAUGGCUGUGGCAAACAUUGUUCCAUGCAACACCAUCCAUAUCUAUUUUGCCCUCAAUGAAGCCACGAUAGAGUCACAAUAGUCAUGAAGAUCUUGGAUAUUCAUGCAUGUCUGACAUGUUGCUAUGGAAAUUUAAAUUCUCACAGUGCUAUGGAAAGUUAGAUGUCUGCUGCAGUCCUUCCAGUGAAGAUUAGGUUCACCCCGAUAUCCCAAAUGAACAAUACCACAGUCUUAGGAAUGGAGAGACGGGAGGGAUCAUUGCAGGCUGGAAUGUUUUUGGCUCUCAUGGAUGACUACGCUGGUGUGCAAAAGGCGUUGAAGGUUUCUGGGGAGGUAUGGCUUAUAGGACCUGAUCCAGAUCACAUCUGGAGUUGAUUUACACUAGGGUUAAAUACUCAAACCUACUCUAAAUCAACCUGAAAUACAUUGUCUGUCUUUAAGAAAUGAAUCAUUUAUACUUGUCUAUGGUGAUUAACAUGGGAGACAACUGAAUGAUGGCACUAUUUUUCAGAAUUAAUUUAAAAAAGCUAAACAGUUAUAAAUUAAGUAACAUACAGCAUCCCAUCUCUAACUCAGUGCCAUGGUAUAAAUCUUCACUGCGUGGCUGCAGCAAAAAUUCUCUUGAAAUAUUAAUAUGUAUUUUUAAAAAAAAGACUUAAUGAGAUUCUGGCGUUAUGUGGUUUCCUCUUUUGGAUUUCACAUAUGCUAAUUCUGACUCAAAAUAAUGCCAUUAUGGUGGCUUCAUGAAUGCACUGACAGAUUAUGUCAUUUUACAGCCCAUUUUAACAUAUUUCUGUCAUAUUUUAUAUUCAUUUACUAACCUUACUUGCUAGUAUGUGUCAUUGUCCUCAGUGUCUCAUUAAGCCUUAGAGCCCUGGAACAUUUCUGAAAAGACAAAUAAAGAAAUGAACAUGA